UCGGUGGUUUAGUGCCUGAACCGCCCCCUUCGACCGAUGCGUGGCUGAUGCGGCCCAGCGCCGCCUUUGCCCGCCUGGAUGACGGCCAAGCGCGCCAGCCGGUGAGCCAGAAGUGCCAGCUGGCUUGCGUGCUGUUCUGGCUGCUCCUUCUGGGCGCUUCGUGCGUGCACGCCCUGAUGAAUUCCACUUGGACAGCGCCCGGGACGGUCGCCCCUCAGCGACUCCCGACUGCACAAACGUUGCCGCCCAGAAGCAGUACCAGCACAGCGGCGCCCUUGGUGGUGCAGCUUCCCAACUUCUCCGUGAUCCUCCCGGACGGCUCCGUGCCGGACGAGUUCGUGUUCCUGGGGCCGGGGGCCUGCAUCAACCAGCGUGGCGAGCACUUCGCGGGCGCAACCCUGCGGUAUAGCUCGCAGCUGCUGGCAGAUGGCUCGAGCCCCGAGUGCACCAAACUCUGCCAAAUGGUGCCUUCCUGCACUGGCUACGAGGUGCAGGGCAGCAGCUGCUUCAUUCUGGCCGACGGGCUGUUCCGGCCCAGCGCCGCGCGGGGUGGCACGCUGGACACCAAGUGCUUCUGGCGCCACCCCCUGGCCCGCGACACACGGACGGCCUACCAGGGUGAGCAGAUGCCGAUCCCAAAGGUCCUCUUUUCCUUUUGGCAGUCGCUGCCGGGGUCCCCCGAGUCUGAGACCCUCUUCGUGGAGGCCUGCACGGCGACCUGGAAGGCGCUGAACCCGGACUACGAGGUCCGGGUCCUGGACAACGCGGAGGUCAGCGAGCUGCUGAGCCUGGAGGAGCUUCCGCACUCCUUCCCUUUCCUCAGCAUCCAGCACCAGUCAGAUGCUGUGAGAAUUGCCUUGAUUUGCAAGUACGGGGGUGUGUGGGCAGAUGCGACCACACUCAUGACACAGCCGCUGGACAAAAUCCUGGGCAGCGACAUGCAGGUGAGAACCUUCUAUGCGCUGCCUUAUCCCUGGACAGACCAGUCGUUGAAAGAUAACGACACGCGGGUGACCUGGCUGGACCACCCGCAGAAUUGGUUUCUUGCCGCCCCGCCGGGGGACCUCUUCAUGCUGAGACUGAAGGAGUGUGUUUGGCAGUUUCUGGCCGGUGUCAGUCGCGAUGACGUCAGGCUCACAGGCCUCUUCACACAACAGCAGCUGGAGAUCUUGCCGCGCCUGGGCAUUCGGUCCUAUCUCUCUACGGAUGCCUGCAUGUUCAGGACCAUCUUCGAAGACGGGGCCUUGUGGAAGUGGUGGCAUAGCCCGCGGGUGCAGGUCCGCAACCCCACGGGCCAGCUGGGCUUCGCCUGGAUGGCGAACAUGACAGAGACGAGGCAGCGGAUCUUCGAGCGGGUGGACGAGGAAUUCGCGGCCGAGCUCAUCAACGACCCCACGCUUUACAUGAAGUUCACUGGGGAUAUGCGCAAGGCCAUGGUGUUGCCGCUGGACCCCGCGGCCAUCUGGUGCCGGCGCAAUACGCUGCGCCGCGUGCUGGACCACAUGGGCGUGGACUCAGAGAGCCGCUGCGCUAAGCACAAAGCGGCGGCCGGCUACUGAGCUGGCGGAGGGGAA